AUCUUUGUGCGUGCCAGCCAAGCCAAAGCCGCCUUCCAGAGGAUAGGGAGACUAGCAAAUAUAGAGACAGGCCUCUCUCCCUACGCCAUUAGGCAGCUCUACUUAGCGUGCGUUACUAGCGUUGCAGACUACGGAGCACCAGUAUACUGGCACUCACAAAGCUACGCAACAAAGCUACUCCAACCACUCCACAAUCUCGCGUGUAGAAAGGUGCUAGGAGUCUUUAGAACCGCUCCAUCAAUACCUGCAACGCUAAAAGCAACUCUUCGCGAGAACUACCUAACAAUCCAACUACUCCUCCACACUAGCAAAGGCAGAGAGGCGACUUUAGCUUUCAUUGCUAAAACUAGAGUAGGGACUAGAGGCUGGCAUCUAGGCUAA